CGGUGCCUAUGCCUUCCGAGUCUUGAGUCUUCCUCUACUUCUGCCCGGCGUCACUGUCGGGUUCGGGAGCCAAUAGCUACUUCCGCCAGAAGUCCCUAGCGGCUCGGGUUCGGAUGCUGCCUGACGCUGGGUCCUCCUCCGCAGCCUGCCCGUCUGAGGCCGGUGGCAGCGGCUCUUACAAGGCCUGCCGCGAGGCCUUCUCUGUGGCCGAGUCCCCGCCAGCGGCGCGGGAGAGACGCCGCGGAGCGGUCUGUGCGCUGCGCACCCCGCAGGCCUUGCCGCACCCGCCCAACCGGGGCGGGGCUCGACCUCCCGGGCCCGCCCAUUAGGGGGUGCCUCAUCGGGGCGGAUUAACCGCCUCUCACCUGGGGGAGUCGUCAUCCCCCAGGCUGUGGCCGCCCAGGGACCAUGGAGUUCGCGGAGCUGAUUAAGACCCCACGGGUGGACAAUGUGGUGUUGCACCGGCCUUUCUACCCCGCCGUGGAAGGGACUCUGUGUCUGACGGGCCACCACCUGAUCCUGUCUUCCCGGCAGGACAACACGGAGGAGCUCUGGCUCCUCCAUUCAAAUAUCGACGCCAUUGACAAACGAUUUGUGGGCUCUCUGGGUACCAUCAUCAUAAAAUGUAAAGAUUUCCGAAUUAUUCAGUUGGAUAUUCCUGGGAUGGAGGAAUGUUUAAAUAUAGCCAGUUCCAUUGAGGCAUUGUCCACUCUGGACUCAGUCACCCUGAUGUACCCUUUCUUCUACCGACCCAUGUUUGAGGUGAUGGAAGAUGGCUGGCAUUCCUUCCUUCCUGAGCAAGAGUUUGAGCUCUACUCCUCUGCUACCAGUGAGUGGAGACUGAGCUAUGUCAAUAAGGAGUUUGCCAUCUGUCCUUCCUACCCACCAGCAGUCAUUGUGCCCAAAUCCAUCGAUGAUGAAGCUCUUCGGAAAGUGGCAGCCUUUCGACAUGGGGGGCGCUUCCCAGUACUGAGCUAUUACCAUAAAAAGAAUGGCAUGGUGAUUAUGCGAAGUGGUCAGCCUCUGACUGGCACCAAUGGGCGGAGGUGCAAGGAAGACGAGAAGCUGAUAAACGCCACCCUCAGGGCCGGAAAGCGUGGCUACCUCAUUGACACCAGAUCACUGAAUGUGGCCCAGCAAGCUAGAGCCAAAGGAGGUGGCUUUGAACAGGAAGCUCACUAUCCCCAGUGGAGGCGGAUUCACAAGUCCAUUGAGAGAUACCAUGUUCUUCAGGAGAGCUUAAUCAAGCUCGUGGAAGCAUGUAAUGAACAAACCCACAACAUGGACCGAUGGCUCGGCAAGCUGGAGGCCUCCAACUGGCUGACACACAUCAAGGAGAUUCUGACCACUGCCUGUCUGGCGGCCCAGUGCAUUGACAGGGAGGGAGCAUCGGUAUUGAUUCAUGGGACAGAAGGGACCGAUUCCACGCUGCAGGUGACUUCCCUGGCCCAGAUCAUCCUAGAACCGAGAAGCAGGACCAUCCGUGGAUUUGAGGCCCUGAUCGAGAGAGAGUGGCUGCAGGCUGGUCACCCGUUCCAACAGCGCUGUGCACAGUCAGCUUAUUGCAGCAGCAAGCAGAAGUGGGAGGCGCCCGUGUUCCUUCUCUUUCUGGACUGUGUGUGGCAGAUCCUCCGGCAGUUCCCUUGCUCCUUUGAGUUUAAUGAGCAUUUUCUCAUCGUGCUCUUUGAGCAUGCUUAUGCCUCACAGUUCGGAACAUUCCUGGGCAACAAUGAAAGUGAAAGAUGUAAGUUGAAGCUACAGCAGAAGACAAUGUCUUUGUGGUCAUGGGUCAAUAGGCCCAGCGAGCUGAGUAAAUUCACCAAUCCACUCUUUGAGGCCAACAGCCUGGUCAUCUGGCCUUCUGUAGCUCCACAGAGUCUCCAGCUAUGGGAAGGAAUUUUCCUGCGCUGGAGCAGAUCCUCUAAGUAUCUGGAUGAAGCAUAUGAGGAAAUGGUUAACAUCAUUGACUAUAACAAGGAGUUACAAGCCAAAGUCAAUAUCCUAAGGAGGCAGUUGGCCGAACUGGAAACAGAGGAUGGGUUACAGGAGAGUCCUUGAAAGAUCUCCCCACCUGUCCUGAGGACCUAUCUAGGCCUGAGUCUGUCCCUCCCUCUGUUUGCCCCGAGUUCACUGUACACAGUAGUAGCCUUGAACUUGGCUAUAGGUGUGGCUUUCUCAGCACUGCAAGAUGGAAGUCACUAACACACACCAGUAUGGCCUGUUAGGCCCCUUGGCCAUGGGAGCAGAGGUUCUGACACAUCACAAACUGUGACACCUGUGCCCUAUGCUGUCCUCCAUCACCACUUUCUAAACAGUGGUCCUAACUGGUUAAGAAUCUGUCUAAAACAUGGGCCAGACUUUUCUGAAUUUAAGUAUAGAAGUGGUUUUGAAAGCAGAAGUGGUUGAGAAGCCAGACUUUAGUGUUUAGCACGUCAUCCGGCCUCUACUCCCCACCCCCAGGUAUAAAAUGACCAUUCUCCUUUAGAACA